AUAGUGAGGCCAUGAACAGUGCACCUAUUGUAAUGGGGCUCACCAGGGGGACUUUGUCUUUGUCAACAGUGUGGAAUGUCCCAGGGGGCUAACAGGGGCAGGGUAGGCCAGGCCAGAGGGCUUCACUGCUCACCUCCUCUACACUGGAACAGUCCCUCUAGCCCUCUAGCUCUACAUCCAGAAGGAGUGGGAGAGAAGACUUGGGGAAAGAUGACAGUGGAAGGCUAGCUGGUUGAAGUUGAAUCAGAUGCACUCUGCUGGUGACUGAGGGGUUUGAACACGCCGUCAUGAGCUCCUAUUUGGGAGCCUCUGGUGUAAAUGACUCAAGCAGAGUUGGAUGUCGUGGAACUGAGGAUGCUGGUGAAGAAAACACUAAUAACGAGACUUACACCCCGUGUUUAAAGGCAGUGAGACCUAGGUUGAGGAGUGCAGAUCCAGCCAGAGAGGGAAGGUCGAGCAGUGUGGAGCAGCUGGUGAGACCUGCCCUACCAGGGAGGAAAGCAUACAAAAAGACCUGCAGCAAGGACAACAGAGGAAGAUGGAGAGAGGGAAACCAAGACAGGGAUGAGGAGCAACAAAAUGUUGAACAUGUAGGAAGCAGGGAAAGAGGAAAACAAAGGCAGAGAAAGACUGAAAGAACUGAGACACAUGGAGAUGGAGCCCAGGACAGACAGGGAAGAGGAACCACUGAAAGUUUGUCUAGCAGUAUUUCUGACAUCCAUUUAAACACCACUUUGGAAGUUGAAGAAGGAUCAAUCAACUUGCAGAGAGGUCCUAGACCUCACAGUACUGACUGCACCCGGACUAUCACAGCCAAUUUAAACCCCCAAUCCCUUUUGCCAGCAAUAAGGUCCACAUCUUCUGCUGUCCCUCAGCCUCAGAGACUUUCAUCCAGGACAGCUGCAGGAGACCUGCACCGCUACUCCUUUAGUUUAUCCACAGAGCCAGAUCCAUUCUGGGUGGACGUGAGAACAGGGGCAGCAACUGGACUAUCAUCGCAAAGCCAUCCUACUCAGACACACAUCCCAUCUCUCACCAGCUCAGAGCUAGGAGAAGAAGAAGAAGAGGAAGAGGAGGAAGAAGAGGAGGACGUGGAAGAUGGCGAGGAAGGAGGCAGUGGUGUGAUGGGGGUGAUGAGUCAAACCAUGACCUCAGCAGUGGUGCCGCCUUGUGUUCCUUUUGGAGAGAGGAGGAUGAGUAAAAGAGAGAAGAACAGGAUUAAGUGUCUGAGGAGGAGGCAGAGGAGAAGGGAGAGGUGGAGACAAAGUCAGCUGCAGGAGAGCAGACAGAGUUCAACAGGGAACCCAUCCAGCAGCAGCAGCAGCAGCAGCAGCAGCAGCAGCGAGGAUGAUGAGGACAUGAGCACUGGGGACAGAGAAGGUUUCAUCUGCGCAGUGUGUUUGGAUGUGUACUUCAGCCCUUACAUGUGUCACCCCUGCAACCACAUCUUCUGUGAACCCUGUCUGAGGACACUGGCUAAGAACAGCCCCACCAAUACCCCCUGCCCCCUCUGCAGAACAAUCAUCACACAUGUCUUCUUCCAGAAGGAGCUAAACCAAACAGCAAGGACAUUCUUCCCAAAGGAAUACCUUUCCCGGAAACAGAACUUCCAGAAAGCAAGUUGCGCAAAGUGGCCUCUCCCAAGCUGCCGAAAACUCUUCCGUAUCUUUGGAGGCUUCCAGAGGCAGUCCAGUCCCAUUGCUAGACGCCAGUUCCCCCAUGGAGGAGGCUACCGUCUGGACGCUAUGGACUUCGAGGAUGACUCUCGAGGCUGGCGCUUUGACAUGGACAUGGUCAUCAUCUAUAUCUACUCAGUCAACUGGGUUAUUGGCUUCUUCAUAUUCUGCUUCCUUUGCUACCUCUUCUUCCCUUCUUUUUGACAGUCCGGCAACAAUAAUGGAGCCACAUAGAAAAGGAAACGUUGAAGAUACAGAAGGAUGAGGGUGAAGUAAGGAAUUAAAGAUGAAGCAGAGGGCAGGCACAUACAUAUAUAUGUAGAGGACAGGGGAAAACUGAGCUGUAGAGUUUAAUGAGAAGACAAUGAAUGAAUUUCAAGCAGGUGGGAUGGUGUGGUGGAUGGAAAACAACAGUGUGCCAGCUUGUUGUCUCUCAUUAAUAAAUUAUUGAAAUGGGGAAAUGGUGUAGGGGGAUGUUUGGGAAUCUGAUGUUCUCUGUUCUCUGUCUCCAAACAGUGCACAUGUAAUGUGGUUUGCACAACAUGUCCUGUUCCUGUAUGGAGGGGAAUUAAUAUAACAUCUCCCAGAACAUGACAUUUCAGUACUCCCGCAGGUAUUGCAUAUUCCCAUGAUAAUACUGUAAUGUAAAUCAUAGUUUAAUAAUAAUAACUAAAGCACAAUAAAAAACAAAGGAAGUAAGGACUUUUUGGGUGGAUUUUCAUGUUUAUGCAUCCUCAGAAAGCCUAAUUAAAUGAAAGAUUUGCUCUCUGAUAUGGGUUGAGACCAUUUGUUUGUGGUUUUAUGAACCUCUAUGUUCCAAUUUGCCGUCAUACACCAUAUCCUUACUACUAAAACCUUUUUAAUUGGCACUUAAAUUAUAAUAUACAGUAUGUCUUGCUAGAUGUUAUAAUUUGCUGUUUUUUUUCAGUGAGAAGGAAUUUUGUGUUUUGUUUGUUCUUAAGCACCCCCUGGAGGGAAUAAAUGAUUGGUUGUACUAAGUCACUGUAUUUUAUAGCAAAUAAAGUUUACAGAGAAACACAUACAUACAGGUAUGUAGAUGUGGCUUUAAAAUGAAUUUGUACUUUUUAAGUUAUUUCCAUUUUUGGCAAUGAAAUCAUGUGUUACAGCCAAAAAAAUUACUUUAUUCCCGACACAGUUUUAUACAAAAUACAUUAACUUAUUAUAAAUAAAUCGUCUUUGUACACUUGUAAAUAGUACAUCACAAAUUUGUUGCUAUAUCAUACAUGUGCCAUUAGUUAACGAGGAGCUAAUAAUUUAAACAUUAUUUAUAUACAUUUGUAAAAAUUAAUAAAUUAUUUAUGAUAUAAUGAA